AUGAAUCCAGUUUUCCACUCGUUAACGACCAACUCAUCAAAAGUUGCGAACGAUAACGACACUCAAAAUGAUUCAAACAAACAUUCGUUUGUGGGCAUUGAAGAGAAAAUUUGUUUAAUUUUCCUUUACUGCAUCAUUUUUUUAUUGGCUAUUGUAGGAAACAUGCUGGUGAUUAUCACCCUUGCCAUCAAUAAGAGAAUGAGAACAGUGACCAAUGUCUUCCUGAUGAACCUGGCCAUCAGUGAUAUGCUUCUGGGAGUUUUCUGUAUGCCUUUUACCUUAGCUGGAGCAUUGCUCCGAGAAUUCGUUUUUGGAGAAGCCAUGUGCCGUAUGAUUCCUUACUUCCAAGCUGUUUCAGUUAGUGUUAGUGCUUGGACGUUGGUGGUUAUAUCAGUUGAGCGUUAUUAUGCUAUUUGUCACCCACUUAAGUCACGAGAAUGGCAGACGCUGUCCCACGCUAACAGGAUUAUUUUAAUAGUUUGGGCGGGUUCUCUGAUUUGUAUGUUGCCAGUGGCGAUUCUGAGCGAAUUACAACCUGUCCGACACAACAAAUAUAAAUGCAGAGAGAGCUGGCCCAGUAUCACUGCUGAACGUCUGUUUAAUAUAUUAUUAGACGUGCUCCUCCUAAUGGUGCCUCUGUGCAUUAUGGUGGUUACUUAUUCCCUCAUCACAGCCACGUUGUGGAGAGCCAUGCAACCCCAGAUUUCAGUCGAACAAGAUAACGAAGACCAAACUACAGUCGGAAGUACAAAUCCUUCAAGUCGAAAGGUUUUACGGAACAUCCUUGUCAGACUCAAUCCCAACUUUUCCUCCAGCUGCGUCCUGGCCACUGAACACAGGGUCACACGGGAGACGGACCUUAGGUCCGUGCAGACGGCCACUAAUCUAGACAGGUCACUCUCACAAAAGGAACGUGUCAUUAAAAUGUUGUUUGUGGUUGUCUUGGAAUUUUUUGUAUGUUGGUCACCAAUAUAUGCCCUUAAUACUAUUACCCUCUUUGAUCCUGUCGCCGUCUACCAGGAACUCGGAUACUAUGGCAUUUCUUUCUUUCAUCUACUGGCUUACACGUCAUCCUGUUGUAAUCCAAUCACUUACUGUUUCAUGAACUCUAAAUUCCGCGAAAACUUCAAAACUUUGUUUGGCUGCAAGAAAAAAAAAUGGGAAACACGUACAGACGGUAGUCUUUCUGUAACAUUCAAAUCUGCUUCCAAAUUUAGAGGACGAGAAAAUCGUCCCUUUAAACAUAAUGGAUGUGAAACUACCCAAUGUAUUUGA